UCUGAGGGGCGCAGCGAGGCGCCGUGCGGCCGGUUCCGGGUCGGCGGGAUGUCGGGGCCCAACGGGGAGCCGCAUGUGCCGGUGGGCGGUGAGGAAGAAGAGGAGGAGGAGGAGGACGGGGAGAGCUUCGGGGAGGAAGAAUAUGCAGCAAUAAACUCCAUGCUGGACCAGAUCAACUCCUGCUUGGAUCACCUGGAGGAGAAGAACGAUUAUCUACACGCCUGCUUGAAAGAACUGCUGGAGUCCAACCGCCAGACCCGCCUGGAAUUCCAGCAGCAGAGCGAGCAGCAGAACAUGGAAGCUGAUGUGCAGGGACCACAGCCUCCCACCUAGUGUGCUGGCCACAGACUCCCAGUUGGUGUUGCUAAGGGGACAUUUACUGGCCACCUAUUUAACCUAAAACUUGAAUAGAGAGGUACCUCGUGCCUGUUACCUUUUC